AUGACUGGGAAUGCUAGUACAAAAGGUGUGAAAGUGAUCAAAGCAAUACCGGUGGGACAAGGGCCAUUUAUGAGAUUGGUUGAUGGAAGUUUGCAGGCGAUUAUUGAGAAAGGAAGAUCAGGAACCAUGACCAAUAUCGAUGUCAAGUCUACAGAGUUGAGAGAGAACAUUGCUGUGUUACAAGAAAAUUCUGUCCAGAUCGCCGCUGAGAAGUUAGAUAAGAGUGGUCAAGGUGGCAAGUAA